AUGGGACCGAAUCAGCACGGUCAAUUUCUACGCUCAGUGUCCGAACUCUUCGACAAUUUGCGAGCUGCGAUACCUGGUAUAACGCAAACAGCAAAGAAAGCAAUGGGGCGUGUCCGGAUAAAGAACGUUGAGAUCUUCUUAUUGGGCACGGCACACGUUUCCAGCGAUUCUAGCGAGGAAGUGAAACUUCUGCUCCGUCAUGUGCAUCCCGACGCCAUUUUCGUUGAGCUUUGUGAAGCUCGCAUACCUCUCCUUGAAGGAACGGCGAAGGACGAACACGAAGAAGAAGCAUUGGCACACCAGAAUCGCACGAUGUGUGAAAAAAUACGGCAGGUACAGUCCACACAGGGAGGCUCCCGUCUUCAAGCUCUUUCCACAGUUUUGUUGACUUCUGUCCAAGAAGACUAUGCAUCCGAGUUGGGAGUAGAGCUGGGAGGCGAAUUUCGGGCCGCAUACCAAUACUGGCAAGCGCAACAAUCCAUACCGACUGGAACAAGUUCUCAAUCUUGUGCUUUGAUUUUGGGCGAUCGUCCUCUACAAUUGACACUUGUACGUGCCUGGGAGUCUCUCGGGUUUUGGCCCAAGGUAAAGGUUUUGCUAGGUCUGCUUUGGAGCUCAUGGCAAAAGCCGAAAAAGGAGGAAAUCCAGGAGUGGCUACAGUCUGUGCUUCGGGACGAAACAGAUGUUCUCACGGAAAGUCUGAAAGAACUGCGCCGUCAUUUCCCUACCCUUUUCACAGUAAUUAUUGCAGAACGUGAUGCAUGGCUAGCUGCCAAGCUUGUACAAAGCUGUCGAGUAUUAUCAGCCUCAGCAACAGCAGCUUCUCCUGUAUGCACGGUCGUGGCCAUCGUUGGUGCUGGACAUAUCCCAGGAAUUGUAGCCUGGCCCCACAUUGUUGCGCACUGUCAAAGACAGUGUCGUUACGAGGAACAUCCUUGUCGAAGAGUCGUUGAUUUCCGUUCGGAGGCGUUAUCCAUACAGCGCAGCGUUUUUGAUGCGAUAACAGUUUCUCGGGAUCACGAGGAUGACACUUUUUUGGCUUUGUACAAGAACAAAGCAGGCGCAAAGAUAAGCGGUCGGAAGUCAAAGUCAAAGUGUACAGGUACGACGGCCUUUACCGAAUAG